ACCAUGGAUGGAGGGAGAGAUAAUGAGGGGGGAGGGGGAGUUUGUGUAUGAAACACAAAGGACCGAGGUUUUUGAGAAAGAGACAGAGAGACAAGAAAGACAGAGAGACAAGAAAGACAGGCGGACAUAAGGAACAGGCAGACCGCACAGCCAAACGGAAAGAGGAACGACGGUAAAAAACGAAGCACUGCUAGAGAGAGAGACACACACAUCUGGGAGAAAGGAAGAGACACAUCUGGAUGACAGCGAGGCCAGGAAUGAGAGAGUCAUCAAAGUCUCUACAACAAAAGAAGGUGUUCAAACAACUGACAGUUAAAAGCAAAAGCAAUUAUUCGUCAAAACUUCCUCUAGGCAUACUACUAGCCAAUCAGAGGUCUAGAUGCCCGUAAUUCAUGAAAGUGGGCAGUGGAAAGCACCCAAGGCAGAUGUGCCUUCUGUGUUUAAAGACAGCGUCAAAGGGCCAUUUUGACAGAUGAAUAGUUGCUUAUCCUGAGGAAUCUACGUGCAUACAUCAAGAAACAUGUUCCAGGCUAAAAUGACUUCCAACCAGGCUGCAGGCCAUGAUUCUGCAUGCAGUCCUGCAAGUAACAUAGUGCAGAGGUCAAAGUCAUUCAGCAUGAAGACUCCACUAAGAGAAGUGUGCGCCUCUUGUCAGAAGACGGUGUACCCUAUGGAGAGGUUGGUUGCAGACAAACAAAUCUUCCACAGUAGCUGCUUCUGCUGUAAGCACUGCAGUGCCAAGCUGAGCCUGGGUACAUAUGCCGCUCUCCAUGGGGAAUUUUACUGCAAACCUCAUUUCCAACAACUUUUCAAGAGCAAAGGGAAUUAUGAUGAAGGUUUUGGCCGCCGCCCUCACAAAGACCUGUGGACCCACAAGGAGGCAGAUACUCCUGAGAACAAAGCUCCUUGAAGCAUCCAGUACCCAUAAUGAGCUGUGGGUCCAUCACCAAUAAUGCACUGAAGCAGUCCUUUUAUAUGUAUAUAAUGCACAUGGGGGUUAAUCUUUAUAUCCAUAAUGCACCUGGGGUUGCCCCCUCAUCCAUAUUACAUUUUUAUAAAUAAUACAAAGACGGAGGGAUCUACUAUAACACAACUUGGGUUUGUCCUCUCUGCUAUAAAGAUAAUGUAAGGCAUACAUGCUGUUGAGCAGGUCCCAUAAUACUUAUGGGAUAUAAUUUUCAUUUAUUAAAUUUGUAUGUACUCACUUCAUUGUGGGUCCCAUUAUCACACAACACAUAUCUUUUGAAGCUAUGCCAGGAGUUGUGAUGAAUUUAACUGUACUUACAGAUGCACAUGCAGCUUUCCAUAAUGUGAAAUAAAUACAACUUCUGACAUGGCUACAAUAUACAGUUCUACAUCUGAAUGUGUCAUUUUGUUUGCAAGUAAUAACAAUGUAUCAUUCUUAAAGAGGAGUGUAGAAGAUGUGUACCUUGUUAUCAAAAUGUCCCUGCUACAACCCUAUAAUAAUGAUUUCAGGUAUCCUCACUAACCUAAUGGUCCUACUAUACCUCUAAUGCAGAUGGUUCAUACAUCAUAUAAUAUUUCAUUUACAUUGAAUAAUUUAUGAUAGCAAAGGCGACAGUGAUCGGUUGCUUCUUGAGCACUGAAUUUCCUAAUCUGGGACCUCACCUGUCUUAAGCAUCAAACUUGAAUUUUCACACUAUAGAUACAAGUGUAAUAGUCCUUAAUUCUGUGCAGACAUGACCUUCUUCUUUGUAGGGUGUGUUGUGGUUAAAGAGAGCUAUGGGAAUAGGGGAGAGCAAUUUGUUGAUGAAAAUUAUAUCAUCUUAUAAAUUGAAUGUGGGUUACCCAGCUCCCCAUCUUUAAAUUGGUUUUUGGUUAGACUGUGUUAUCAACAAUAUUUGGAAUAUAAAGAGUUUAAGAAUAUAAAAAUGAUUUUGAAGGGUAGUAGAAAGGAUUGUGUAGUGGUAAAACAUGGAGAAUGAAUAAUUAGAAUAUAGGUAGACAAGAAGGGUAGCUUUGAACGGGCAUGUAGUAGGUAAACAGAGGUGAAAAACGGAGGGAUGGGUUCACGAGAGACUUUUUUGGAAGAAAAAAGAUCUUUGAGGGAGAAGGAUAUUCAGGGAUCAUCACAAAAAUUUUCAGUGUUUUAUAAAUAAGUAACAAUACAUGAGAGCUGAAUGUAAGAUGAACACCACUCGGACCCAUUUGGGUCUGUGCCUUUUUCAUGAUUAACUGUCCCACUUACUCAUUAAGGGCCCGAUGAUCUAAAGCUCUCCACUCAGGCGAAAUGAUCCUAAAAAUACUUGUCUGUAUGGCAAGGACCCUCAAAGAAUUUUAGUGACAAAUUUUACCUUGAGAGAUAUUUAUCUCACUAAGCAGGGUUCUGUAUGUGAAGAAGAGGCUCCUAUAUUACAAUAUAAGGGCAAAAAAAAAAUCCCAAAGAUUUUGUGUGGUUUCUCUCUACGGUGUUGAGUUUUUGAUCAUCAGGCUCUAAAACACAUUUAUACAGUGAGUAUAAAUUUCUGCCUCGCAACUUUAAACACAUAGCAAUGUAAAACGUAAUACAAAAAUAAUAUGUACAACAGCUGCCCUGGGCAGGGGAAUAGUCAGAGUAAAGGGUGAUAAACCAUUGUUUUGAGUUUAUCUGAGAGAACUACAACUAAACUUGCACUGUUGCCCCAACAAUAGAGUGGACUCAGGAUGUAUAUAAGAUCAGAUGCUUGUAUGACCCAGAGCACAUAUCGAUUCUAAUAUACACAUUAGUUGUGCCUAUCUCUGCCUUACCACAAUGCCCUCCUGGGUAUCAGGAUCUCCCAGGCUUUGUGCCUUAGGUUGUAUAUUCAGGGUGCCCCAAUGCAUUUCACCUUGUUCUGUACAAUUUAAGUGUAGGACUGCUAUGUAAGACAGGGAAACUUUUCUGUAAUACAGGGAAAUACAUAAAUAUAUCUGUUCUUUAAA